GAAUGCCCUACCCUUACUGGUGGUGCGUCUGCACUGAUACUACGCUUCCUCUUGGUGCUGAUCCAUUAUACAGGCAGAAUUUUGAACUGUACAAUCAUGUCCAGGCAGGGCAGCUACAAGCGACCGCCGAUGAUGAUCAGUCGACUCAGCAGAACUACUACCUACCUUCUGCUCCAGUGUAUGGCAUGCACUCGAUGAGCAAUGACCAAGUACUCGCUCCUGUUGGUCUAUAUGACGCGGUCCCACCCCAAAGUAAUGAUUCAGGUCCACUUCCAAAUGAUGUCUCGUCACCGUCCCCGCACCUUGAUCAACAGAUUGAUCAGCCCAACAUUCAUAGUGCUGCUGGACAACCUUCAAACGACGGUUUUCCCACACAGAUUCCAUGCUUGUGGACUGACCAUCAAGGCCAGUGCGGCAUUUCGGCAGAUACUACCAAGAGCAUCCUGGCGCAUAUAUCAUUACAACAUCUCCCUAAGAAGCAGCCAUCCGCUAGUCGGGUGCAAUGCCACAUUUGUUCGCCCGCAAAAACCUUCAGGAAAGAUACAAUCCGCCGACACAUCGGGGAAAUACAUUACGAAUACAAGUGUCGCCGUAGACACUCCUGAAGGGCGUUCCAACCCAUAUAAUCUUACGCAUUCAUAACCACGAUGUACUACUAUACUUUCCGUGUGCUAGCCACCGUCCUGUUGUCGUUUUCAUGUGCCUUCUCCUGACAUAUCCUGCUUGCCAUCCCUCUAUCCAUACUGCGUAUGUGCAUCUUGUUGUAAUUUAUUUGGGUCCUGCUUUGGUCCUGCGUAUGCUUUGAAGCUGUCCGUACAGCCUACGCAUCAUGGUGAACUGGUGAACUUUAUAUUGCCAACAAUCAGCAUAAAUGUGAUGGAGAGAUGGGGGUUUACUUAGAAACGUUCGACCUUGCGAAGGACAGAUGAAUUUCCAAAUAAAUCAACCAAG